AUGACUAGUCGCAAAAACAGAUUAAGUCUAGCAUCAGAAAACCGAAAAGAUGGCGUCGCGAAAUCACCGAACUUGCGACUCACACCAUCCCGGAAAGCGAGAGCAGCUAGACCGAGUUCAGACAAUCAGUCAAACAAUGAGGAACGCUACGAAGUUUCUCCAUCACAGGGAGGCGACUUUUCGCCCGUGGUUCCUUUCACACAGGACGCUUUUCAUGCUAUCAACGGUGUGUCGUGGGAGUGGAACAGUCCGCAGCGUCUGAACGGCCAACCGAGGCUGCUCCGAGCGGACACGAAGAAAUCCAUCAGUAAAGUCCAUACCAGAAAAGCAAUCAUACAUAUCGAAUCUCCGUGUGCCAUACCGAAGAAAGCGACGGGUUUCAACAAGUUCAUCUCCAAGCUUAACCUCCUGAUGGGAAAGGAGAACAUGGAAGAAUUAGGUGACUUACCAGAGCCACUAGACGCAAAUCAGGAACCGGCCGAGUGCGGACAGGUUUCCGAAGCGUCAGACACAUCGGACGUCCUGCUUGAUGCGCCAGAAAGCGUUGUGCUUAUUGAUGCAAAUGAGAUUAUUGAGAAACAGUCACCAGAGCGAACCGCCGACAGUGAUGACGAUCUCUUUCAAGAUGCCGUCAUCGAUGCUGGGAGCGAGGAUGCACAAAACGGCGAUUCGCUCGAUGCUGGACUCGACGAUUCCCGACUCAACAGCAUGCUGAUAAAAGCAAGUCAAACGGCUGAGCAAAACAUUACCAAAACAACAUCACCGCAGGCCGCGGCGUCGUCUCCACCGAUCGGCGAGUGUUCGACGAAGGCCAAGCCCACACGCCACAGUAUUCCAUCCGAAAUGAAUGACUCCGAUAUGGACGGGUUUCUUGUGCAGGCUUCUCUGAUGGCGGAAGUGAAACGCAACAGUUCGCAAGAGUCAUCUUGUUCGAAUAGUGUGUUGCCGGGCAACGACGUGGCCACUUCUAGUCGGACGAUUGCCUCCAGAUUGAACACAGCCACAACCACAAAUGCGCGGUCACAGCCAGCUCAAAAAAGUGCUUCAAAAUCACCACCCGAAGGUAGCUGUGGCGAGACGUCGUCCAUGUCACAGGAAGAAAUAAAGGCCAUAAUAGAACAGAAGCGCCAGGAAGCGCUGCGCCGUCUGCAGAACAAUCGGUUAAGGCGAGCGAUGAAGGGUACUACCACCAACGGAUAGCGGCUGUUUCAAC